UACGCGCAUUACGUUCUGCAGACACGCGCAAUGAUAGCCGGAAGCAUCGAUGGGAGGAAAAUAAAAAUCGAUAAAAGCCAGUGUAAUUCGCGAGUGUAAAAAAAAAUUCUCCUACUUGCUGUCCUUUCUCUGACCACAGGCUCGAGUUCCUGCGUGUUUUUAUCUCACCGCCGUGCCGGAGGGGACGACAGACGGCAGAAAACCCUUUCCGUUUGUGCGAAGUUGCUCGGUGGGGGUUUAUAGCUGACGUGUGGAGAAGUUGAGACUGCUGGAGCGGAGAUAAACAAACAUAAACAAGCAGGGGUCAGUUGAGAGCCUGUUCGAACCGAACCAGUAGCUCGGGGAGAUGGCAGGGACAGCCAAACCCCGGUUUUGAGCCCGGGAAUGAUCCGCAGGAGACGGUGACUUCCACUGAGACUUGCUUCUUCAUGUCAACUGUCAACACUGGCAACACAAAAGAAUUUGGAAAACACGAGGAGCAGCCACAGGCUUUAGGAGGAAAUCCACUGCUCCACUUACUGUUGUCCACACACAGCGACGUUAGCAUGGCCGGCCAAUGAGUUCACCUUUCAGGUUUCAGCUGGGAGCAAACAAAAACGUAUAGUUCAAGGAGGCAGAGGUUUGCUGAUCUGUGGCCCCUGGGUGUCACAAGUGGAAUGAACAUGGCCCACCAGGCAACCCCUAGUUCUCAGAAGGCCCUGAUGAUGGAGCUGAAGUCCCUGCAGGAGCAGCCGGUGGAGGGCUUCCGCAUCACCCUGGUAGAGGAGUCUGACCUCUACAACUGGGAAGUGGCCAUCUUCGGACCGCCCAAUACUCUGUAUGAAGGAGGCUACUUCAAGGCUCACAUCAAGUUCCCAGUUGACUACCCAUACUCCCCUCCUACGUUUCGCUUCCUCACCAAGAUGUGGCACCCAAAUAUUUACGAGAACGGAGAUGUGUGCAUCUCCAUUUUGCACCCUCCGGUCGACGACCCCCAGAGCGGGGAGCUGCCGUCUGAGAGGUGGAACCCCACCCAGAACGUCAGGACGAUCCUGCUCAGUGUGAUCUCUCUGCUCAACGAGCCCAACACCUUCUCGCCAGCCAAUGUAGACGCCUCGGUCAUGUUUCGCAAAUGGAGGGACAGCAAAGGCAAAGAUAAAGAGUAUGCAGAGAUUAUAAGGAAGCAGGUGUUGUCAACGGCGGCGGAGGCUGAGCGGGACGGCGUGAAGGUGCCGACCACGCUGGCCGAGUACUGCGUUCAGACCCGGGUCCCCUCUCAGGACAGCAGCUCCGACCUGCUCUACGACGACCUCUACGACGACGACAUGGAGGAGGAGGACGAGGACGAAGACGAGAGCGAGAUGGAGUCCGUGGGGGAGGCCGGGGCCAUCAGCUGCCUGGAGGACUGUGGGACGUCCACCAGGCGCUACGACAACCAGGACGACUCUGGCAACGAAGACUCAUGAUGAUCUGGACGAUAAAUCCUCCCUGAAAAUUUAGUCCCGCGGUCGUCUUUCAUUUUUCGGAGUAUGGAGUAUGGAGUAUGGAGUAUGGAGUGUGUGUGUGUGUGUGUGUGUGUGUGUGUGUGUGUGUGUGCGUGCAUGUGUUUGCACAAACAGUGGGGUCAAAAGUCUACUGCCAAAACGUUUAAUCAUUUGUUAAACUGAUACAAGUUUGAUUGAGUCACUGUUUUCACACGCUGUCAAAAAAAAAGAAGAAACAACAAUUUUGCAACAGAUGUUUGUUGGCACUAUUUCCACUUAAAGUCAGAGUUUGGUGUUCUCACCGUUUGCCUUAACAACACUUUGCACUCUGUCUAAUGUUUAUCAAAGUUUGAGUAAAGAAAUUAUUCCAGCCCAGUCUAGGAGAUUCUUCAAAAUAUUACUAAAACUCAUAUUUUAGAUUUAUAAAGCAUUCAGUCAUUUUUCGUCCUCCAUCUCCGCAUGCAAACUUCAAACUAGACGACCCUCCCCAUGAAUAUUUGCAUCUCCAAUCUAAUUUAAUUUCCAUGCUGUACCAGUUCCUCUCGUAUUUUUACUACACUCAUGAAAAUGUGAUUACUCUCCAUCCUUGCUUUGUGCCUUCAGUGUUGGCACAGUUGAGUGUGCUUCAUGGACGCCAUCUGGAGUCUGACUGGCCCAGGUUUGAAUGACGGAAGAAACUUUGUGCGAUCUUUGUCUUGACAAUGCCACUAUUGUUGAAAACCUAAUGAAUAGGUUUAUUUUAGUAUAUGAGUUCUUCAUUAGUGGAAAUGUACUCAUUAAAAAAAUGAAACAAAGCGGGUCUUUUGAGCUCGACAGGCUGUCGGCGCUGAGGAAUGACGAUAAGUUGCAUUAUCUGCCUGGAGUUGAGAGAGAUUGGAUCCGUGGUGUGUUUUCUUGCAGCUGUUUUCCCCAUUUACCUAAUUGAGACUAUGUGUUCUCUGACUUGCCUCUUGUAUUUCCUGCUGCGUUUCAGUCUGGUGAGGGGGGGACACUCGGCCCUUUGGCUCAUUAGGUGAUCAAUGAGCUGGGCAGCUUGUCCUCUUGUCAGCUUGACGACUCUGUCUCUCGAAGUUCUCCGUUUGACUUUCACUUGAUUGUCUUCCAGUGUCUUGGAAAAAUGUCCACAACCCAUCGCCGAUACCACACUGCAGCCAUUUGAACGUGUGUAUUUUAUGGACACAAAGUGUAAAAAAAAAAAAAAAAAAAAAAAAAAGGGGUUUAAGGGGGGGGAAUACUACUGUCACUCAAUUUUUCUGUAAUAUCUCAGCCAUUCGAGCUUCAGGGCCUCAGAGAGAAAUGACAGUCAGAAAUGACUCAAACUUGUGCUUUGAUGCUACUUCAUUAGAAUUGAAAAUGUAUUUCUGUUAAAAGAACAGAAAAAAAUCAUUUAAAUAAGACACUGAUUGCCUGUUACCUGUUUGUGUGUGUGUGUGCGUGUGUGAGAGGAUUUACUUUUAGCAUUUUUUUUGUUUGUUUGUUCUUUAUGAUGUCAAGUUUUUUAUCUCCACCCAAACGUCCCUCCAUUGGAUUACAGUCAGACUCUCGUCACCUGAGCGAUGAAUGAAACUUCCAGCUCGAGAGAGAGGACUCGUCUUUUAUUUCCUGCUUUUCUGCCAGCCUGAAUCGGCUGGAGAUUUUGAGGGAUUAAAAAAACAAAACAAACAGACCUUCUUAGUAUUAAGCUUUUUGAACACGCUGAACAGCACAAAGUGACUGACGUAAAACACAUGAAUCUCACACAAUCUUUGCGCUCUGAGAGUCUCUCGUCCCGUUUGAGCGCUCAUUUCAAACGGAUGGAUUUUUACGCCACGGACAAAAACAAACCCCCACAUGAGGUCUCAUCUGAAAAGCAUGCUGAGGAUUUACAUGUUUUUUUUUUGUUUUUUUUUUUUUUCACUACACUUAUAGGAUACCCAUUGGAUUUUAAUGUGAAGCUGAAGGAGUGAAAGCUUUUUCUCCUGGUCCUGUUCUUUGGGGGGCCACAGAAAGUGAGGAAGACUCUGGAAAUGGACCUUCAACAUGAUUCGGUAAGAUGCCCACAGAUUUCUGGUUGUCACUAAAUAUUGCCUACUUUUGCCCACCCACCUCCCACUCCCAACCCCAGUCAUGCACAAACAUAAACCUCUGUUAACGAUCUAAAAACCUUGCAUAUCUCCAAGACGAAUUGUUCAACAUGUGAUGUGCACAGAUCAGCUAUAAUAUUAUGAAAUCCAUAAUAUUAUAGCUUUGAACCCCUUUUUUAGGCAGUAAUUGAUUACUUUUACGUUUAAGGAGUGAUUUUAAGUGGCUUUAAUUGGACUGCUGGGUCCUGUCAUCUCCACUAAAGAGUUAAGAGAUGCAGCUGUCAGGUUUUCGCUGGACAAAACUAAUUUCUAGUUUUCUUUUUGUUCAGACCUGCCAAAUCCCAAUUUUUAUUUUAUUUCUAAGCGUUAUAGAUACAGAUGGAACAAUAAGGCUUAAUAACUUCUGGAGUUCUGUGAGGACCGCUCUGCUAAUUCAAAUUUUGACAGAUUCCACGUUUUUUGUUUUGUUUUUUUCCCUCAGCAAACAUAACAUAAAAAAGAAACAAAACUGUGCAGGUAUUAUGAUGUCAGUUGUAGUUUUGAGUCCAACAUAAAAAAUAAGAUAUUCCACUAUCAUCCCUAGUUAUGCAUCAUCGCAUAUAGCUUAGUUUAUUUAUUUAUUAUUAUUAAACUCAACAACAGUGCACCGCUCUAGGUUAAUUUGACUGAGGUCUGAAAAUGUUCUUAAUCUUAAUGCAUUUUCUAAACUCGGAGAUAUAACAUCCACUCAAAUGUAAAUUUCAGUGAAAAAUUAAAAGUAACAUGCAUUUACCAAAAAAAACGGGAAAACGUGCUGCAAAUUCAUCGACAGAGAUCGUAGCUUUGAAUCCAACAAAAAAUGAAAAAUGACUAUUGUUCAUUCAUCAGACUGUGUCUCUAUCACAUUCAGUGUGGAGUGAAGGGUUGAAAUAUGUUUUGACUUAUCAGUGAUUCUGAGGUUUUCCUGCUGAGUUUUAAUUAUUAUUUU